AUGUCGCGCUCUUUCAAACCAAAAGGCCGCUCGGCCAAGUCAACCAUCGUCCGAAUCCAGUAUGAUCCCACACUCAAGUCGUCGCUCGUCCACCUGCCCAUGUGCCUCUAUGCACCACUGGUCGACCUCGCAGUCCCACCACAAUCGCUUGUCGUUGAGAUUGAUGCGUCGCCCUCCUCGACUCAAGCGGUCGCUUAUUAUGCAGGAUGGUCAGGCAUGAGCGCUGCUCCGCUUUCGGUCGGCAACUCUCUCUCCCAGAACGGAGCAUCCUCAUCCGCCAAUGGCAAGGCGUCUGCCUCUGACGUCCUCAACGUCUCUCCUUCUCUCGCUGCAUCCUUUCGCCCUCCAUUGCAAGACGGCGCUACCUGCUCUGUUCGUCUCCUGCGCUCUCCACCUCUGCCGACGGCCACAAAGAUCGAUGUCACGCCGCUCUCCGCCGACGACUGGGAGAUUCUCAGCUUGCACGCCGAAGAAGUUGAGCUCAAUAUGCUUGGCCAAGUGCGCGCAGCCACCACCGGUCAGGUCCUCACCGUCCACGUCGGUCGAGGCGGUAAUACGGUUGUGCGCUUCCGAGUCGACUCCACAACGCCGAGCACCGCCGCAGUCGACGCUGCAGAACCCGACACAGAUGACACCGACUCCGCUGCCGCCAUUGCCGUUCGGCUCUCCACCGAUACUGAAGUCAUUAUCGCACCCAGAUUACGCAAGAAAGCCGUCGACGCGUCCAUGGAAGAAGAGCACUCUCUGCAGCCUAUCAACAAGCCAGCUCUCAACGGCGUAGGUGCGGAAGCGGAGGUAGCAGCAUUGAGGCAGGCGCUCCCGAAGCUCUUGUGGCGCGUCUUGCCGCAGCGCUUCGCCGAAGGUCUUCAAAUCGACAGUCUCUCAACGAGCGUCGCGGUAUCCUCCACUUCCGAUGUCGGCCACGACCAACUGCUCAGCAUCUACCCAGAUGGCCGACUCUCGAUCACUAAAGUCUCGUGUCCAACCAACAACAGCGCACAGGAGAUGAAUAACGCUGGUCGAGACAAGGGGUCGUCGUCUGCGAGUGCCAAUGGCUUCGAUGAUGCGGCCGCUGGUACAGCGAACGCUCAGGCGGCCAUGCCAGCAAGGCCGACAGCCAGCGCGAGAUUCGUCCGUGCCGAGGACUUGCCAGGCAGCAGGGCUCACGACGACGUAGCAUGGCCUGAGAGGCAUGUGCUGCUGGGCGCCGCGCUUCGUGAUCAGCUCGGUAUUCAGGACUACGACCUCGUCCGUUUUGGUGCCCCUCCCCCCGGGUUCAGCAAGUCCCCUUCGAGUAACGUAGCAUCUCAGUCAGACGCCUCUGCAGCUGACUCCAAGUCCAAGUCAGACACUGCAUCAGAGCUGGCCGGUGUGGAUCACAUUCUUCGAGAUACAAAGGAAGCCAUCUCAGCCUGCUUCCGCGCACGCGCCCUCGAAGCCUCUUCCCAGCCGUCUGCCGAUGCCAAACCCUUCCAAGGCUCGUCGAGCCUGCUUCUCACAGGAGGUCCCGGCUCAGGCAAGACGGUCAUCGCCAAACACCUCGCCGCCGACCUCUCGCGCGACUUUCGCCUCUGCCUCGCCACCUCGUACUUUGACUGCUCGCCCUUCAGCGAAGACCGCGUGCCUGUGCUGCGUGCGCGCUUCAGCGAGUGGCUCAACGAGGCAGCUUGGAAAGCACCUAGCCUGCUCAUCCUCGACAACAUCGAUCGAAUAAUGCCAGCCGAGAUGGAACACGUCGACUCGCAGCGUUCGAGGCAGCUAGCCGAGGCUUUUGUGACAAGGGUCAGGGACUGCGUCAAGAGCUUUGGCGUGUUUGUUGUCGCAACAGCGCAAGGCAACACGAGCAUUCACAGUCUGCUCAACUCGAGCCAUCUGUGGCUCGACAACGUGCAGCUCAAGCCGCCGGGCAAAGAAGGGAGGCGCGAAAUCCUGGCUCAUUUGGUGCAGAAGAAGCUUAGCAACGCCAACAAGAAAGGAAAGGUGAGCGGCGAGUCAGCACAGGAAGUGGCCGACGGCAGCCAGGCGGCUUCAGAACUUAAUUUCGUCACGCUGGCGACCCAGACGGAGGGCUACCUGCCGGCUGAUCUGCGCGAUCUUGUCGAGAGGGCGACGCACCAGGCUGCCAUUCGUAGUGCGAGCACCACGGAGACGACUCUGGCUCCUCGAUCAGCACCCAAUGGAGUGUCCAGAAACGGCAUCGCGCACGCUGCUGUCAACGGCACGGCCAGUCCCCGACCCGAGGGUGGCGAGGAGGGGCUCUCGAUCACCAUGGACGACUUCGUCCAAGCGCAGGACGGCUUCACACCUCUGUCCCUCCGCGACGUCAAGCUGGAAAAGUCGUCCGUCGCGUGGUCGGACAUUGGUGGCCUCAUCGAAACUCGCCGUGUCCUUCGCGAAACGCUCGAGUGGCCCACCAAGUACGCGGCCAUCUUCGCCUCCUGUCCCCUUCGUCUCCGCUCGGGUCUGCUCCUCUACGGCUACCCUGGUUGCGGUAAGACCCUGCUCGCUUCGGCCGUGGCCAAAGAAUGCGGUCUCAACUUUAUCAGCGUCAAAGGACCCGAGAUCCUAAACAAGUACAUCGGUGCCUCGGAGAAAUCGGUGCGCGACCUGUUCGAUCGCGCGCAAGCGGCCAAACCGUGCGUGCUGUUCUUCGACGAGUUCGACUCGAUCGCGCCCAAGCGUGGGCACGAUAGCACGGGCGUGACGGACCGCGUGGUGAAUCAGAUGCUGACGCAAAUGGAUGGUGCGGAAGGGCUGGAUGGGGUGUAUGUGCUCGCAGCGACGAGCAGGCCGGAUCUGAUCGACUCGGCGCUGUUGAGACCGGGUAGGUUGGACAAGUCGCUACUGUGCGAUAUGCCGACGGAGGAAGAUAGGCUGGACAUCAUGAAAGCCAUCGCCAGGAAGGUGCAUCUUCACCCGGAGGUGGAUCUGGAGAAAUGGGCGACCAAGACGGACGGGUUCUCGGGAGCAGAUCUGCAGGCCUUGCUGUACAACGCGCACCUCGAGGCGAUCCACGAGUCGAUCAGUGCGGUGGCCGAGGAGAAGGAGGAUGCGAAGAAGGAUGCGGACACUGCUUCCGACGGCACACUCAAGUUCACCACCAUCGGCGGGGGAGGCAAAAAGACGCUCAGCGGUGCAGAGAGGCAGGCGUUGGUGCGCAAACUCGAGUUGGUGCUCAAAAACACCCAGUCGCAGCCAAAAAACAAGCCGGGUCGGAUUUUACCGGCUCACCUCACCUCGGCUGCUCCCAAUGGCGUCCACGAGGUAGCAAAGAAGAGCAAGAGCAAGACCCUCGUCACCGAAGCACAUUUGGAAACGUCGAUCAAGAGCACCCGACCGAGUGUGCCGCUCGAGGAACAGAGGAGGCUGAGGGGGAUCUAUAGGACGUUUGCCGGUGAUAGAGAUGGGAAUUUUCCCGAUGGAGAGGCGAGCACGCAGAUCGGGGCGAGGAGCAGUCUGAUGUAG